AUGGGCCAACUCAUCCCCUUCUUCCGCUUCGCCGCUAACCUCCACUCCCGCGGCGCUAUCACCACCAUCAUCACCGUCGAGCCUACCGUUAGUGCGGCAGAAUCCGACUGCCUCUCUAACUUCGUCGCCACAUUUCCACACAUCAAAUGCCUCCAACUCCAUCUCCUCCCUCACAAGAAAUCCCAACUCACCAACGACGAUCCUUUCUUCAUCCAAUGGAGCGCAUCGCCAACUCAAUCCAUCUCUUAUGCUUUCUUCCCUCUCGCCGCCUCUCUCCGCCGUUGUCGUCGAUCACCCUGUCCUCAUCCGAGUCCUCCACCUCGCCUCCCUCCCCAUUUACACACCCAUCACCACCUCCCCCAGAUUAUUCUCCAUCAUGGUCGUCACAACAACGACCGCCUCAAAGUCCCCCACAACAACGACCGCCUCAAAAUCCCUAAUUUAGGCUCCAUCCCUGUCUCGAGCAUUCCUCCGCCGUUGCUCGACCUCAACCACUACUUCGCCGUCCCGAUCACAACAAACACGGCGGCGCUCGAGAGGCGUUCUAUCGCCACCUUUGUUGUUGAGCCCUAG